AUGGCUGAGAAAAGGCGAAGCUAUGAGCGUAAACAGUGUAAUUCUCGCAUAUGUUGUUGGUUCCCAGCGGCGGCCGUUCAGACUGCCGUCUCACACAUCACCAACCCCAACACAACAACCGCCACCACCCCCACCUCUCCAGAUUCCAGUGAUGAGGAUCAGGACUACACCUGCCCUCACUGCGACCGAACCUUCACCUCUCGCAUCGGCCUGGUCGGUCACUUGCGAAUCCAUCGCACAGAGGCUGGCGAACCAGUGCCUGGAGCACCAACCUACACCCACCGCACUCGCCUCCACUGCCCACAAUGCCCUCGCACCUUCACUCAUCGCAUGGGCCUAUUCGGCCACAUGCGCAUCCACGACAGCGGAAUUGACCGCAGCCUUGACACACCCACCCCGCCGAGCCCCACUCCCAAUCCAUCACCUUGUGCACCCACUAACCACUCCCCAGCCGACAUCGACGCCACCGACCUUACCGCCCCUCACUCCUCCCCUUCCUCCUCCUCUUCCUCCUUCACUGCCACAAAGACGGCCGCUUCGGCGUCUGUCGCCCACGACUUCACCACAGCCGAACCUGACACAACAACAGGCACAAGCCCUGCAAACUCCAACAUCAGACGUGAGGGCCAGGACUGCACCUGCCCUCACUGCGAUCGCACCUUCACUUCACGCAUUGGCCUGGUCGGUCACUUGCGAAUCCAUCGCACAGAGAUCGGCGAACCAGUGCCUGGAGCACCAACCUACACCCACCGCACUCGCCUCCACUGCCCACACUGCCCUCGCACCUUCACGCAUCGCAUGGGUCUAUUCGGCCACAUGCGCAUCCACGACGACCUGCGGUAG